AUGGAAAUACGUGUGGACGAAGGAGGGGUAGCAGUGGAAGGAGUGUGGGAGCCUGGACGAGAAGGCAGCUCGACAGGUGCUAAAGAAGUCUCCCCCUUCUUCCCAUCAGGCUCGCUGCAGUUCCUCCAAGACCCCCUUUGGGCCUUCACGAAGCCUGCUGCUGCUCCUGCGCCUGCCUCAACUGCGAAAGAGCUCUCCCCAGAGCAGCUUCUGCAGUUCGACUCAGAGGCGUUAGAGAGGCACCUGCAGGCUGUGCCGCUGCCGUCGCUGCUGCUGCUAUCCCCCUGUGAUCGAGCCACCUUCUUCCCCGACGAGGUAACACACCCCUUGCUAGGCGGAGUGCUUACCAUGCUGGUGCAGCAGCAGUCCCAACCAAGUCAGGACAUUUCCUCCUCUCUCUCCCACUGGUGGCUGGACCCUGGGUGCUAUGCCACGGAUGAGAGGGACUGGGUGGCAGUUGAGGCGAUUCACAGUGGUGCAGGGGAGUUGGGGGUGGUUCGGGACGAGGAGGGUGAUAGUAAAGGAGGGCAAGAUUUGGAAAGGGAGCUCGGGGGGGAGAAUGAUUUGCAGCAGCAGCAGCAACUGCAGCAACAGACGCAGCUUCAAGAGUCCUCGCUACUUUUAACACCACAGCCUGCAGCAGCAGAGCAGCAGCUAGAACAGCCUGGGCAGCAAGCAGGAAGUAAGAAUGUUGAGCAUGGGCAUGGGCUGGCAGGGGUAGAUGAUUUGGAUGAGCUGCUGGGAGGACAGCUAGGGAGCAGCAGCGGUGCAACCAGAAAAGAGAAUCUGCCGAUGAAGCAGCAAGCAGAAGCAGGGGCAGAAGCUCCUGUGAAGGUGCAUGGGCAUGGGAAUGUGCAUGGGCAUGGGAAUGUGCAUGGGCAUGGGAAUGUGCAUGGGCAUGUGCAUGGGAAUGUGCAUGGUUUUGCAGAGGAAGAUGAUUUGGAUGAGCUGCUGGGAGGGCAGGCAGGAAGCAGCAGAGGUGCAAUUGCAACCAAGGGAGAGGUCAAGGCAGCAGGUGGUUCUGGUGUGGCCAAUGUAAGUGCUGCACAGGUGACGCCAGCGGCAGCGCCACAGGCACCCGCACUGGAUGAUUUUGAUGAGCUGCUAGGAGGGCAGGCAGGAAGCAGCAGCAGAAUCACAAGUGCAAGCACGGGAGAGAGGAAGGCAGCAGGUGGUUCGGGUGUGGCUAAAGUAGGUGCUGCACAGGUGAAGCCUGAACUGAAGGCAGCAGCUGCACCACCAGCACUAGAUGAUUUUGACGAAUGGUUCGAUUCUGUUACGUAG